GUUUUCUAACUUGUGGGUCCUACUGACAUUCUAGAAAAUUUUACAGUUCUGGGUCAUUAAAUAGAAGACUUUGAUUCCCUGGUAACUGUAUAAUAAGCAAAGCAGCGCCCAGCUACUUAGAGUAGAGGUCGAUCAGAUAUAAGAUAGCAUUCCUCGAUCUCUCGGUCUUUCUACAAAGUUAGAGUUCAGACAUUUCGUUUGUUCAUGAUCUCACUGCCAAACUAGAAUUUUUUUUCUUAAUCUUAAUUAAUUACAUAGAUACGAGCUAGCAGCUAGCUGCAGGAGGUCAAAUUAAAGCGGGAGUAACGUGAAGAUCUUGAACUUGAUCCCCGUUCCCCUUAUUUCAAGCUGGCCGAAGUGCUAGAGAGAGGAAGAUGGAAUAUGGUGGGUUGGUGCAGAAUAGUGCAUAUGGGAGCUUCUCAGAAAUUUUUGGCCCAGAAACGGAUUUCAUAGAUGAACUGUUUGUGGAAGGAUGCUGGGUGGAAACAAGGGUUGGAUCGUACCUGAAUUGUGGGGGGGAGGCUAAUUCUUCAAAGCCAAACACGAUGGCUAGCAUGGAGACGUCGGCGCAAAUAAUAUUCCAAGAAGAAUCAUUAUCAGACCCGGAAAUUAGUUUGAUGGUGGGGAAGAGAUGGUGGAUUGGACCAAGGGAGAAUCCGGGGCCAUCUUCCUCUGUGAAAGAGAGAUUAGUUAUUGCAGUCGGGUACUUGAAAGAAUACGCCAAGAAUUCCAAUUUGCUGAUUCAGGUAUGGGUACCCGAACGGAGGAGAUCUGCACGUGCUCAGCCUCAGGAUAACUACCCAUACGCCGCGCUUCUUAAUACAACAUCAGCUUUUCAGUUUCAGGAGGAUUGGGUUCAUGACCAGUGGACUCCCAACAUCCGCUUCUUCAGAAGUCACGAGUACCCGCGCCAUCUACGACGUCCUGGAUCUCUCGCACUUCCUGUCUUUGAGAGUGGCUCCGCCAUGUGUCUCGGUGUUGUCGAGAUUCUCAUGCCCAACAACCCCGACCUUCACGCCCUUCAGAGUGUUGAUUUUACAAGCAGUACUUGUCAUCAGAACUUUAUUCCACCUGCAGCCGUGACCGCGAAGGGUUUUGACGAGUUGUACCAAAGUGCAUUAAAUGAGAUAGUAGAAGUUUUGACGUGUGUAUGCAAGGCGCAUAACUUGCCUUUAGCUCUCACAUGGGCUCCCUGCAUCCAACAAGGAAAGAGUGGAUGUGGGCAUUCAAACGAUGAGAAUUAUGUGUCGAUGGUGGAUCCUGCUAGUUUUGUGGCGGAUGUAGAGGUACUGGGUUUCCUGGAAGCGUGCUCUGAGUGUCACCUUUUGGGGGGGCAAGGAGUAGUUGGGACAGCUUUCACAACCACCAAACCUUGUUUUGCAAAUGACAUAACUGCCUUCAGCAAGGCGGAAUAUCCUCUGGCGCACCAUGCUAACAUGUUUGGCUUGCAUGCUGCGGUGGCCAUUCCACUCCUGAGUGACUCCGCUGAUUUUGUGUUAGAGUUUUUCCUGCCAAAGGAUUGCCAUGACACCCAAGAGCAGAAGCAGAUGCUCAACUCCUUGUCUAUGCUAGUACAACAAGCUUGCAGGAGUUUGCAUGUUGUCAUGGGAAAGGAGGAGGAGGAGGAGGAGGAGGAGGAGGAAUUAAUCGCGUUGCCGCCCGUUGGCAAAGAAAUGGAGUCAUCAUCAUCAUCAUCCUGGAUUGCACAUAUGAUGGAGGCCCAACAGAAGGGGAAAGGUGUCUCGGUGUCCUUGGAAUACCUCCAAGAGCCAAAACAAGAGUUCAGAGUGACAACCAACUGCAAUGAACAGGUUAGUGUUGGUGUUGAGAGUGGGGGAGGAGAAGAAUCAUAUACUGCAGCUUUUGGUGGCCGCCGGGGUGCCAGGAAAUCAGCUGGCGACAAGAGACGAACCAAGGCAGAGAAGACUAUCAGCUUGCCGGUUCUUCGACAAUACUUUGCAGGAAGCCUGAAAGACGCUGCCAAGAGCAUUGGCGUAUGUCCUACCACUCUUAAAAGGAUAUGCCGACAACAUGGGAUCACAAGGUGGCCUUCAAGGAAAAUUAAGAAGGUAGGCCACUCCUUAAGAAAACUUCAACUUGUCAUCGAUUCCGUCCAGGGUGCCGAAGGUGCCAUUCAAAUUGGCUCCUUCUAUACCAGUUUCCCAGAGUUGAGCUCUGCCAAUGGUGUUUCUGAAUCAUCCAACAUCAAUAAUAAGUUUUUUUCUGAAUAUAACCAAGGAGCUACUACUUUCAAAUCCCCAACUUCGCCUUGCAGUCAGACCACUAUUCUGAUUUCAGAGAACCAACAACCACUUGUACUUGGUGCAUCAAUCCAGGUCCAAGAGGAAGCAAAACAUUUCGCCCACCAUCUUGAGCCUCUACCACCAGCUCCCUUGCCCCAAUCUAGUACUAGUCUCUGGAACACGGCCGGCACUUUUAGAGUCAAAGCUACUUUUGGGGAUGAAAAAAUCCGCUUUAGCUUGCAACCAAACUGGGGAUUCAGAGAUUUGCAGAUGGAGAUUGCUAGACGUUUCAAUCUAAACGAGAUUAGCAACAUUCAGCUCAAGUAUUUGGAUGAUGCUCGAGAGUGGGUUCUUUUAACAUGCGAUGCUGAUCUUGACGAGUGUAAAGACAUAAAUACAUCAUCUCAGAGCCGUACAAUUAGACUCUUCCUCUUUCAAGCUUCGCCUCUAAAUCAUGCAAAUGCAUUUCGAGGCACCAGCCCCUCCUAGAUAACACCAUUUCCUUGUUAGAGUAAUUAGCGCCAGUAAUGUCAACAAUCCCAAGUGAAAACCAUUUUUCUAUUACUUCUCCUCAUUCAAUAGAUACAAGGAUAUUAGUUCCAAAUAAUCAACUUUGAAGUGCUAAGAAUCUAUGCUUUAUACACAUGGUCUCUCUAUUACUCCAUCGCAUUUGUUCGCAUCCCCAGCUCCCUACAAUAUUAAGGAACGUAAAUACUUUCUUGACAGGCA